UCUCCUCUCUCUCUCUCUCUCUCUCUCUCUCUCUCUCUCUCUCUCUCUCUCUCGUUACCCUCGAUAUCUUUCCCUCUCUCUCACUCGCCGAAACGGCGAGAUACACGUGCCCUCCUGCCGAUAAUCUUUUUCACCGCCAUUGUGAUUUUCUGCAAGUUCUCUCUCUCUUGGCUCCCUGACCCUCUCCCUCUCGAGUUCUCAGACAGUGCCUUGUCGGCAACUCAGACAGAGCCCUAACGCCUCUCUCUUCCUCUGUUUCUCUCAUCUCGGCCACAGCCCCCGCGACUUCCAGCGCCAAUAACAGUCAAGCGCCUCGUGUCGAAUGUCAAAAUCAUCUUCAUCAAUAUCUUCAUCAUCUUUUCCCAAACGUAGUUUGGGAAAAGAAUUGUGCUUCUGCGAGUUGGAAGCCACAUUGAAAUGGUCAACUACUACAAAAAACCCAAGAAGACCCUUCUUAGGGUGUGCAAAGUAUAAUACCCAGGGCUUACCAUAUUGUAAGUUCUUCAAGUGGUUGGAUGGUAAUGAAGUGAUUGAGCUACAACAACAAGAAAGAAUUGAUGAACUGUUAAAGAAAGAGAAAGAUGUAGAGAACAUACUUCAGAUGCUGGAAAAGAGGGAGAUUGAGCUACAUAAGAUAGUGGAUCGCCUCGAGAGGGUAAGCAUGGUGCUGUCCAAUAAAAGCGACGAGGUUACGCAAAAGGAGUUGGUGCUUAAUGCACAAGAAGCUAGAAGAAGGGGGUUGUGCACGCUAUUUUGGAUUUACUGUUGUUUUGUAUUUGUACAUGCAUUUUACCUUGUGUUAUAUAAGUGAAUGGGGGAUUGUUGUUAACUAGUGUUUUCUAUUCUGGUGGAAUAUUAUCCUUGUUAUGUAACUCUGAGGUGAUGAAUGUAAUUUAAGACUGCUGGGUACUUGUUUCUGUGGCAAAGAAUAGAAGAUGUUCUUUUUGGUACAAA